GCAGCAAGUUUUGUGAGGUGCUUUUUUGAUAUUUAAUGGAUCGGAUUACAUUUUUUAUUUCUCUCUGAUAUCUGAUCCAGUAAUCUAGCUGUGCUGAGAAAAGUUUGAGCGAUGCAUCCUCAAGGUUACGUGACUGACGCUGUGCAGUUGCAGGGCAUGGGUUAUGGCGGACUCCCUGGUCAGCCUGGGGUGGUCCAGCACACUGCUGUGAACAUCACAAGAGGGCAACCAGUCAUCACAGAGCCCCCCAAAGACCAUAUCAUCUGGUCGCUGCUCUGCUUUGUCUACUCAAAUCCUUUUUGCCUUGGACUUGCAGCUCUCAUUUAUUCCAUCAAGGCCAGAGACAGGAAGGUGGUUGGAGAUGUGGACGGUGCACGGCAUUAUGGUUCCACUGCUCGCAGUCUCAACAUUGCAGCCACAAUCAUAGGUGCCAUUGGGUUCUUCAUUUUCAUUAUUACAAUCAGUGUUAUUACGGCUCAAGCAGCUUCCCAUUACAACUAUCGAUAUUAAUCACAUUUAAGCAUUUUCUCCUGUUGUGAUUGGGUCCCAUUUGUGUUUUUCUGCUUAAAAUAAAUUUUGCAACCUUCUAGAACUUUUAAUAGCAUGAUCUGAGGGAAAAAAGCCAUUUUACAAAAGUCUUAAAUGGAAGUCUUCUCUAUUUCUUUACUGAAAAGUUGUAUUUUGAGACUUUGUUACUUGAUGCAGAAAUCUUGUUGGCAAAUAAUUAAGAAUUAAAAAGCUUCAAAUUUCAAUAUAGGUCUCUCUAUUUUACUGUGCUUUACAUAUUUUUGACUAAUUAUAAUUGGAGGAACUGGAUGUCAUCAACUGGUGACAGAUUUUUUUAUACCACGAGUGGGUAAAAGGGCAGAGUGGUGAGUUUUCCUGCUCUGAAAAUGUAUAAACUGACAAUGUUUCAGUCGUGUGCAACUCCAGAAAAUACUACAGCAGAUAUGCAUUUAGUUGGAUCAGAUUUUCAAACCUAGAAAUGUCCCUGGGCCAGACAUUUGAAACAGCCUGCAAGCUACAAGUAUUUAUAAACUUCAAACCAAUAUAAAAGAACUAAUGAAAAAAGUCAUAUUUAUUC